GUGCCAUUUGUACAGUGUCAGUGCUUUUUAUUAUCACUGAUCACUGUGUUAGUGUCAUUGGGAUGUCAGUGGCAAUUACAGUGCCACCUGUCAGUGUCCAUCAGUGCCAGCUGUCAGUGCUCAUCAGUGCCACGUGCCAGUACCCAUCAGUGCCACAUGAAUGCCACAUAUCAGUGCCUACCAGUGCACAUCAAUGCCACAUAUCAGUGGCCCUCUGAGCUGCCUUUCAGUGUCACCCAUCAGUGCCAGUCAGUGCCACCUAUCAGUGCUGCCAAUCAGUGCCACCUAUCAGUGCCAGUCAGUGCCGCCUAUCAGUGCGCAUCAGUGCCGCCUAUCAGUGCCACCUAUCAGUGCCAGUCAGUGCCGCCUAUCAGUGCGCAUCAGUGCCUCCUAUCAGUGCCCGUCAGUGGCGCCUAACAGUGCC